AUAACAAAUCACGUAGAUGAACGUCGUGAUAACAACCCAAGUUACUCAUUAUAAUUUAUAACUGUGUGUGCUUGUUCUUGUAGGCUGUAUGUGAAUUGUGAAGAAAAGCCGAAAAUCGCAUUGUGUUAUAAUUAGUUGAAACUUUAUAGUUUAUACUUUUGCCAGUUUAAAAUAUUGUCUGCCCGGCACCGUGGACGGCAAACUAUUUGAAAAACUAUUUUGGAUUUACUCGCACACGACAAGUAAUUAAUACAAAAUGGGUAAAUGGCAAUUAGAAGUAGCUCGCAUGGUAAUCUACAUGGCGUUCCCGGUGGUGUUAUUUCAUUAUUUUAAUUUACCUGAAAAUUAUGAAGAAAAAGUAAUCAGAUUCAAAAGAGAGAACUUUCCGCCCGAACGGCAAGAACCCAUAAACAAAAUAGAGGAGCUUAAAAGGUUAUUUCAAGAGCGUCAAGAAGAAGAAUUUAAAAAAGUUUUCCAAGAUUAAGGAAUUUAUUCAUGUACAUAUUAAACACGUUAUUUGAUUUCAAUGUUGUAAAAAAAAAAAAAAAUGUAUAAAUAUAAAUGGAUAAUAUUGUUGAUAGAUUUACAAUAAAAGUAUUUAAUUUGUAAA